GAGGAAGUUCCAGCUGCAGCUUGGAAUACAGUAAGAUGACCAAGCAAGAGGAACUUGAAAAGGAAUAUCGCGGUGCUGAUGCAGGCACGGUAGGAAGAGGCCGAAGUGGAUUUUCCCAGUCUCAGAAGUCUGUAUCUCCCAAGAGACAAAACAACAACUCGAGAUCUCCGAGGAGACAAAACAACAAAUCCAGGUCUCCGAUGAGACACAGCAAUGGUAGGAAGCAAAAUGGCAAAUCUAGGUCUCCAAUGAGACACAACAAAUCAAGAUCCCCGGUUCGUGGGCAAUGUUACAACAGCAAAGCGAAGAAGAAUCCAGCCGCGAUGACCGUCAUUGUAAAUCGUUGCGAUUUGUGGGACUCGGCCGCUCAUUUUCAACCUGAUGAAUGCUAUCACCCACAAACCCAGCAAUCUCACGCCCGUGUCGUACCAUAUAGCUUUGUCCCUGGUGAAAAAACCGGACCUUGUUUUGUAAACGGUUUCUCGCCUCCUCCCGGUAUGGGCCUCGAGAAACAAGACGAACCAAAACCGAUGUCGGUGGCGACGGUACGAGUGCCGCACCACGUCGAAUCCAUUCAAUUUCCCAUUCAAGCCGGAGGAAAAUUGCAUUGCGAUGUGAUUGAUACCAGUACUCCGAAUCCGCACGACCCAAACAUUGUACAUGACAAGUACUGGGCUCAACGCCGGUAAGUAGAAAGCAACAAUUGCUUUAUUGGUGAAGCUUGUGGCGUUCCAGAUAGUUUCCUUACUAUUGGUUUUGUUGUCGAACUAUGUGUUUUUUUGUAUGCUUUCUCCAACGAUGUACAACAGACGACUCUUUUCGCGAUUCGAUUUUGGCAUUCAGCUUGAUGCAGAAGGCUGGUAUUCGGUCACUCCAGAAAUCAUCGCCGAUCACGUGGCAGAAAGGGUUUCCAAUCUUGUCAAUAGUUCCCCUGCUUUUCGGGAGCGAGAAAGUCCCGGGAAGGGCGUUGUUAUUCUUGAUGGUUUUUGCGGGUGUGGAGGAAAUUCUAUUGCCUUCGGGAAAAUUCCAUCCCAUAUUGUUUCUAAAGUAGUCUGUGUGGAUACAGAUUAUUCGAAACUGCUCAAGGCUGCCCAUAACGCUUCUCUGUACGGCAUUCCCAAGGAUAAGCUUAUCUUUGUUCACUGCAACUCGAUAUUUAUCUUAAAAUACUGCUACAAGGAUGGAGAAUUCAUUCUCGACCGACCCCAAUCCAACAUGCCGCAAUACAUGCCGCCACCCGUUCAGGGAAGACUUUUUGCUGGAUAUCCCAUCGGUGGAUUGGAUAUGCUCCCCCGGCACAUCGAUCUCGCAUUUUUUGAUCCGCCUUGGGGUGGCAUCGACUAUGAAAUUCUUGGCAAAAACGGAUACGAUCUCGAGCGAAACAUGAAGAUCCAAGUGAAUUGGUGCGACGAAGAGAAGAACGAAGAACCCGAGGAGGAGGACUGUGGUGUUUCUGAUGAUUUUUUCGACACAUUUGCCGCACCGAAGCACAACCAAGGUUCGAAGAGGUCGAGAAAGAAGAAUUUCAAUAAGAAAACCGAGGGAGAAUUUGUAAAUGGCAAGGAGUUGAUCAAGUUGGCCGCAGAAGCGGUGCGCUCACGUGUGGUCAUGCUGGAUCUGCCCAGGAACACGAGCAAAAACUCUCUCGGAUCGUGUGCACUAGCAUCGGGCUAUCGCGGAAACUUGAAAUUGGAGGAACAUUAUCUGAACGGUCGUCUGAAAACAGUGACAGCCUACCUGGGCAGCGACUACAGUUCGUUGAUCAAUGGGAACUCUGCAGUUUAGUGACGUUAUUAUCCGAACAG